AUGAAGGGAUUCGAACCAUGGACUAACAAUGGAAAAUGGGGUCACCUAGUAUACGAUGGUCUGAAGCUAGACUCGGGUUGCCGGCGGCAGAGGGGAGGUUUCGGCGCUCUCCGCGCCGUCAAAGACGACAGUCGGACGGCCCGAAACAGAAGUGACGUGUGCCAACUCGCCGUCUCCGUACAGGUAGGCGAGGGCAAGCCCGAGGCCGACGUCACAGGCAAGCCACAGUAG